CAUCUCAUUUCUCGGAAAACAAGAAACCAGAAACCCUCCUUCAAUGUCCGAACGCCUCCAUUAAUCUCAGCAAUCCCGAUUUCAUCGUCCAAAAUCCAAUUCGUUUUUGCCCAUUUUUGUGGAGGAAGAUUGGUCUAGAAGUGAUUUGCAUGGUGAAUCUUGGUAGUGGAGGAGUGAAAUCCAGAGGAAAGCGGAAGGAUGGAGCAGAAGCAUCUUGUGAUGUCGGCUCUUGGAGUGGGGAUUGGUGUUGGGGUUGGUCUUGGGUUGGCGUCCGGCCAGAGCCGGUGGGGAUCCAGUGGUGCCCCCAUUACUGCCGGAGUGACGGCCGAGAGGAUCGAGCAGGAGUUGAUGCGGCUGGUGGUUGAUGGGAAGGAGAGCAAGGUCACCUUUACUGAAUUCCCAUACUAUCUCAGUGAGCAGACCAAAGCUGUUUUAACUAGUGCUGCAUAUGUCCAUUUGAAGCAAGCAGAUUUCUCGAAGCACACCCGAAAUCUUUCUCCAGCAAGUCGGACUAUUUUGCUUUCUGGACCUGCAGAGCUUUACCAACAGAUGCUUGCCAAGGCUUUGGCAGAUUAUUUUGAGGCAAAACUCUUAUUGCUAGAUGUCACCGAUUUUUCACUCAAGAUUCAAAGCAAAUAUGGCAGUGCCAGCAAAGCUUCAUUCAAACGGUCCAUCUCUGAGACUACUUUGGAGACCAUGUCAAGCUUACUUGGAUCAUUUACAUUCCUUCGCCAAAGAGAGGAACCUAAAGGGUCAUUGCGCAGACAGAGCAGUGGUGUGGAUUUACGGUCGAGGGGAUUAGAUGGCAAUAGCAAUCUGACCAAGCUUCGGAGAAAUGCAUCAGCCUCAACUGAUAUGGGCAGUCUCACAUCGCAUUGCUCUCCUUCAAAUCCAGUAACUCUCAAACGCUCCAGCAGUUGGCCCUUUGAUGAGAAGUUUCUUAUACAAGCCCUUUACAAGGUUCUGCUCUGCUUUUCCAAAAGCAACCCGAUUAUUCUUUACAUUAGGGAUGUUGAGAGUUUCUUGUUAAGAUCAGAAAGGAUAUAUUCCCUCUUCCAGAAAAUGUUGAGAAAACUAACCGGAUCAGUUCUGAUACUUGGUUCAAGAAUGUUGGAAUCUGGAAGCGAUUAUAGGGAUGUAGAUGAGAAACUCGCCCUUUUAUUCCCUUAUAACAUUCAUAUUAAGCCUCCAGAGGAUGAAACUAAUAUGGUCAGCUGGAGAUCUCAACUGGAGGAAGACAUGAAAAUGAUUCAGUUUCAAGACAAUAGAAACCAUAUUACUGAAGUUCUCACUGCUAAUGACAUUGAGUGUGAUGAUUUGGGGACAAUCUGCCUAGCAGAUACGGUGGUCCUUAGUAAUUACAUUGAAGAAAUUGUGAUGUCAGCUGUUUCUUAUCACUUGAUGAAUAACAAAGAUCCUGAAUACCGAAAUGGGAAGCUUGUAAUUUCUUCAAAUAGUUUGUCUCAUGGUUUGGGCAUAUUCCAAGAAAGUAAUUUUGGUGGCAAGGACACUCUAAAACUUGAGGCAAAUGAAUCAGCAAAGGAAGGUGUGAAUGAGGAUGUUUCAGCCACAAAACUUGAGAUCAGUGCUGAGGGAGGAGCUCCUGAAAACCGAAUUGAUCCGGAAAAAUCAGGACCAACAGUGACGAAGGAUGGUGAUAAUGCAUCUUCUCCAUCAAAACCAGAAGUUCCUCCAGACAAUGAAUUCGAAAAGCGGAUACGCCCAGAAGUUAUCCCAGCUAGUGAAAUUGGAGUCACAUUUGAGGAUAUAGGUGCCUUGGAUGAUAUUAAAGAAUCACUUCAGGAAUUGGUAAUGCUUCCUCUCCGAAGGCCAGACCUCUUUAAAGGUGGUCUGUUAAAACCUUGCAGAGGAAUUCUACUCUUUGGACCACCUGGAACUGGCAAGACCAUGCUGGCAAAGGCUAUUGCCAAUGAAGCUGGAGCAAGUUUCAUUAAUGUUUCAAUGUCCACAAUCACAUCAAAAUGGUUUGGGGAGGAUGAGAAGAAUGUCCGGGCAUUGUUUACACUAGCUGCUAAAGUAUCGCCUACCAUCAUUUUUGUGGAUGAAGUUGAUAGCAUGCUCGGACAGCGAACUAGGGUUGGAGAGCAUGAGGCCAUGAGGAAGAUCAAGAAUGAGUUCAUGACUCAUUGGGAUGGGCUCCUAACCAAACCUGGGGAGAGGAUCCUUGUUCUUGCUGCAACCAACAGACCAUUUGAUCUUGAUGAAGCAAUCAUCCGAAGGUUUGAGCGCAGGAUCAUGGUGGGCCUUCCAUCCGUAGAAAACAGGGAAUUAAUACUAAAGACACUUCUAUCAAAAGAAAAGGUUGAUGAAGGGCUGGAUUAUAGGGAGCUUGCAACAAUGACAGAAGGAUACAGUGGUAGUGAUCUCAAGAACCUGUGCACAACUGCAGCAUAUCGUCCUGUCAGGGAGCUAAUCCAGAGAGAAAAAAUCAAGGAAUUGGUGAUGGGGCAGAAUUCAGUGGAGGCUUCAGAAACAAAGGAUACAGAUGGAGAGCCAGUAACUUCAGAAAUUAAGGACAAAGAUGGAGAACAAACGAUAAUCCUCAGGCCAUUGAACAUGGAUGAUAUGAGGCAAGCGAAAAAUCAGGUUGCUGCAAGUUUUGCGUCAGAGGGAUCCAUAAUGGGUGAGCUCAAGCAAUGGAAUGAUCUCUACGGCGAAGGCGGCUCCAGAAAGAAGCAGCAGUUGACUUAUUUCCUUUAAGCACAAUGAGCACACGAUGGAUAAGAUAUCCCACCUGAAAUAACGAAUCUUCCUGACUUAAAAAUGCGAAGAAAGAUCAGCUGGGAUGAACCUUGAAGUUCAUAUAUAUAUAUAUAUAUUCAUUCAGUUUGUGUAGGGUUUAUACAAAUAGGAUGCUAUUUUAUUGUGCCUGUAUUUUGCAAUUAGAGCUAGAUUUUAAGUUUAAAUGGAAUGUUAUAUUCUUUUUAAGUGCUAUCAUGUAUUUGAUGUGCAUGUGCCAUAUAUGUUAUGCUUGUUUUGUAUU